GGCAGGUAUGUUGGUUCUCAUUUAAAUGAUGUUCAUCGAUCCUCCUUAUGCACAUCGUUUAUUGAGAAAGAGAUCUGGGAUGCUAUAAUUGACUGGUGGGAGCAAGGCUCUAGGGCGGGAUGGAUUUUCUUUUGAAUUCUAUCAUAGAUGUUGGGAUUGGAUAAAAAGGGGGCAUCUUUCUUGCGUUCAAGGAGUUUCACGGCUCUGGUCUCCUUCCAAAAUCCCUUUCCCACUCCUUCAUAUGUCUAGCGCCUAAGAAAGACUCAGUGGAAAACAUCAAAGACCUCAAACCAAUUUCUCUCUUGAGCAACUUUAAUAAACUUGUCAGUAAAGUAUUAUCUAGAAGACUUGCUCCUCUUCUUCCACGGCUUGUCUCUGAUCAGCAACAUGCUUCAAUCAUUGGAAGGAACAUAUCCAAUUUAGGGCUCAUUGCUAACGAGCUCGUCGAUAGCAGAAGGAAAAGUAGAAAACCGAGUCUCAUUUUUAAGUUGUACAUCAAAAAGGCGUUUGACAACGUCAACUGGAAUUGCUUAUUUAAGGUUAUGUCAAAGCUAGGAUUCCCAUCUCAAUGGUUGAAUUGGAUUAAGGGUACCAUGUGUUCCCCAAUGUUUUCUAUUCUGAUUAAUGGUGAGGCGAAAGGCUUCUUCCCUGCGGAAAAGGGUCUCAGUCUAUGCGACCCUCUGUCGUUGGGUCUGUUUACCCUCAUCAUGGAUAUCCUCUCAUUCAUGAUAUCUAGACUGAGCUCCGAAGGGCUCAUCAAAGGUUUUCAUAUGGAUGAAGAGAAUGGUAGUGGUGAAGUUACACACUUAUUGUUCGCCGACGACACUCUUCUUUUCUGUGAUGUCUCACACGAACAAGUGCUCAAUCUAUUGGCUACGCUGGUUUGCUUUCAGACCAUUACAGGGGUCAAGAUAAACCUCGAAAAAAUCUAUCAUGAUCACUGUUGGCGAUGUACCCCGAACCUAGAUACUAUGCUGAUCUCUUUGGUUGUAAGUGGACUAACGAGCCGCCGUUUUACCUUGGAUUUCCCCUUGGCGGAAAACCUACCAAUACAGCUUUUUGGUCUCCUAUGGUUGAAAGAUACCACAAAAGACUAGACGGGUGGAAGGCUAAAUACCUUUCGACGGGAGGCAAGCUUUCCCUUAACAAAGUCGUCUUGUCCAGUUUAUCCGUACGCUACUUCUCCAUAUUCAAAGCACCUAAAUCAACAACAAACAAGAUCGAAAGCACUAUGCGGAAGUUCAUGCGGUCUGGUGCUGGAGACGCUCAAAAGCCUCCUUUGGUUAAAUGGGAUGUUUGCAAGGCCUCCAAGACCAAUGGGGGGCUGGGUCUUUUCGACUUGGAGAGUUUCAAUAAAGCACUUCUUUCUAAAUGGCUAUGGAAGUAUAUUAUAGAGAAAACCAGUUGCGACCGAAACAAGCGAAUUUCAUCCGCAAUUUCAGACUUGAGGCUUCCCAGAUAGGUACCAACCAGUCCUUGAUUUGUCUAGCCUACACAAAGAUUGGCUAGCUUCUCGAAUUCAGGCUGGUAGUCAUGUAGGGACCCCAUCUGAUGUAUUCGUGAGAGAGUUUUGUCACAGAUUUCCCUCUCCAAUGGCUCGAAACGUGCCCACAACUCCUGCGAGAACAACUCCUAAGAAAUUGGCUCCCCAGCGUCCUUGUACGUGCGUUUCAGCUACUGCCACCACUGGUUAGCUUCUCCUUCGAGAUGGAAGGAUGCUAACGUAACUCGCUGAUCAACUAGUACCUCUUGGUACUCAAAAAAUUGCUCGACUCUUGGGAACCAUGCACUGGGAUCAUCUUCAGCAAACUUUAGAAAUUCCAGACUCGCUAGCUUUGCGAGGAAUGUGUCGCCGCCGCCGUUACCCUUCGACCAUUGCUUCCCUUGAGCCCGACCGCGACUUCAUUGCUUCCCUUUGGCUCGCCACUGUUGCUGCUGCCCUUCACGCCUACCGACCACCAGACCCCUCCUUCGUUGCCAUCACACUCUGCUCCCCUUCCUUCUCGCCAUCCUUCUCCUUGCCACUGUCCUUCUUCUUUCCGAACUCCCCCACCAUACCUUUGUCGAGCUCUAGUUUGCGGAGAGAGCGCUCCACCAUGUCAAAUUGCCCGCCUAACUUGUUGACGCCGAGGUCCAACACAUUCAAGCGAUCGCUCAGUGCCCACAAGUUGUGGUUUGUCGCCUGCUAUAUCCCCCGCAGUUGCUCGAUCGAUCCCUGGAGUUCUUGAACCGAAGCGUCUAGCGCCGUACAACGUUCUCCAACCAUCCCCACCGUUGUAUCGAUUCAACCAAGCUCUGAUACCAAUUGAUGGCAACUCGUAACCCACAAGUCAAGGGUUUUGCUUUUAACUCACAAGCGAGAGAACGAGGUAGAGUUUUGAAAGACUUUUAGAUUUAUUAUUUAGGUUAAAUGAACUAACAAUAAAUGA